GUCCAUUUCCAUUUCUUCACCGCAUCGUCCAAAAAUACCCCCGCCCCUCGGAUUACUCCCCGCAAAACCGCAGCAAGAUCACUGGACCGGCGAAGAGGGAGACCGCGGAGAGCGGCGAGAAGACGCGGCGACUAAUAACAAACGCUUCACCAGCUCGACCAGGCCGGCCAGCCAACCUCCAACGCGACACGGCCACUGCACGACACAGCGGUACAGAAAGAACUCAAAGAACUACGCGGUCGGGGCGCGGGGACCACGAGACGUCGACGCGACGGGACGAGGAGACAGCGCCGGCGCCUCUGAGUUCCGCGAUCCCCGAAACCUUGUGCGCCGCACGCGGGUCCGUCGGAGGCUGCUGGUGCAGCGGGUGGAUGGUGCCGCUGCGUGGGGCCCCGCUGCGGCAGAAGGGCGGCGUGGCGGACGACGUGGAGGAGCUGGAGGAGGGGGAGGCCUGCCCCGACGGCGACGACGACGAGGCCUUCUUCGACCCCGACGCCGCGCUCUCCUACAUCGAUGAAAAACUUCAGCGUGUUCUAGGACAUUUUCAGAAGGACUUUGAAGGAGGAGUUUCUGCAGAGAUCCUAGGGUCCAAAUUUGGUGGAUAUGGUUCAUUUUUGCCCACAUAUCAGCGUUCUUCUCCCCCAUUGCCUCAAACCAGAAGCCCACACAUGGCAGCAAACAUUAGCACAUCUAGAUCACCUUACCAACCAUCUGCUGAGAGAAUGGAUCAAAACGCUUCUACUGCGGCUGUGGAGUCCAUUUCCCAAAAUAACAGUUCUGGAGCACCUUCAACUAGUGAUUUAUGUAAGAAGGAAAGAUGCUCGAGCACAAACGGUGAGGAAUCGGUUGGGGGUUCUGAUUCUUUGGAGAGUUCCUUUAAUGGUAGUGACUCGAAGUCACUCAAAGUUGGUUCCAACAAUGCUCUCCCAAGAAAAAAUGCAGCUAUCUAUAGUGGCCUGGGCCUUGAUAUUUCUUCAUCUUCGUCCUUGGAGGAGAGUCCUGAUAGGCUCAGGGGACUAUCUCCUGAGUUGAGCAAUGUGCCAUAUGAAUCACCUUGGACCAUCCUGCAGGUCAUGACAUGCUUUCCAGUUCCUGGAGGGUUAUUGCUGUCACCCCUGUGUGGCAACAUGCUGCAAUUAACGAAUAAAGUUGCUCCGUUGGUAAAGAAAUGGGAAACACAUUUGGACAUAGAAAAUGCACCUAGAGCAUUUGAAGGACUUUUGCUGUCUUCUCUUCCACCUGGACAUGUCAGAGGCCAUGUGGCUAAGCACAUGAAGUCUGGCAGUAAGAAAAAGAUAUCUACAUAUACAAAGACUAGAAAAGAUAAAGGUGAUACUGGUGCGAUCGUGAACAAGGAGGUCAACAUAGAAAUGCUUGCUAGCCAAGAGAUUACAUUGGACAUGCCUGCUUCAACCAUGGAGCUAAUGGGUGAGAGUCAAUUUGCGCAUGAAUCAACAAGAAAUACUUGCAUAUCCAAGCCUUCUCAACAAAAUGAAGAUGUUCGAUUGAAAGAACAAAUACGUGGCAAUGACCUGGCAACAGUUAAAGCUGAAGCAAUCAAAGCAGAAGCCACAAAGUAUACAGAAAAUAGUGGUUUUGGAAAUUCAGGUACUGGUUAUUUAGCACCAAAGGGGGAACCAAAAAUUAAUACGGACAAAGUGGCCAUUGAUAUAGGGGAAAGGGAUAUGUCUAAUCACAAAUCUUCUUCAUUUGAUAGGAAGAAAAAAAGCAAAGUAAAAACUGAGAGGAAGUUUGAGGCAGCCGCAGUUGAUUUUGAAUACGAGGACAGGAAUAAGGACUGGGGUGUUGGGCCAUGUGAUGACUUGAGGAACGUUCAUGUGAAAGAAACAUUUUCCAGUAACAAAACUGGAUAUGAUAACUCCCGAACUGAGGUCAAAAGAAUGCACAAGGAACGCCAGGUGAAUGCUGCAGCAUCAUAUGAUUUCUUAGAGGAUGACAACUGUACCCACUAUUCUGCAGCGGUUAUAGAUAGGAAAAAUCACACUCAGUUAAAAUCUAGUCAUUUGGAAAAGAAAACCAGAUCUCACAAUGAUCUUAGUGAAAACCUACCUAACAGAUCUCAAGGAGGCAUGGAGGGGGUUUUGUUGGAUAACAGAAGUGCCCAGGGAGAAUUAUGUCAAAAAGAGAAUAUGAUGAACACCAAUAACGAGAAUGAUUUUGAUGUCGGUUCUGCAAGGAAGGAUAUCCCAACCAGUGUAAAGCACGGACGAUUUCCUGUUUCAGAGGAACAGUUGCAUAUGCCAUCAACCAGCGGGGUAGCAACUACAAAUGCAGAUCCUUUUCCUGUACCUGUUGUGAUAAAGGACCAUUGGGUAUGCUGUGACAUAUGCCAGAAAUGGCGUCUUCUACCCUACGGAACGAACCCUUCUAUGCUUCCCAAGAAGUGGAAAUGUAGCAUGCUUUACUGGCUACCUGGGAUGAAUAGGUGUGACAUCAGUCAGGAUGAAACAACAGAUGCUCUGAAUGCAUUGUAUGUCAUUCCAGCACUUGCCACAGGUGUUUCUUCAGGUGGUCCUCACACUGCAGGUGCAGGUACAGCAACAUCCAGCGUCUACAACAUAAGUGGACAGAUUGAACAGAGUAGGAAAAGGAAAAUUGCUCCGAGUGAUGGGAAUGGUCUGGUUGAGAGUUCUUACCAUACACCAUUGUCAAUUCCUCUGAUGAGCAACCAGCAGGAUCCUAGCAAAAAUAAAAGAACAAUUGAUGGCGAGCAUUAUAAUUUCAAGAAACAUUCUGUGAACAAACACCUCAGGCCGAUGAGCAGAUCAGCUGACCUUGUUUCUGAAAAGCAGAAGUCUAAGCACAAUCACAGUAGUUACUCAGAUGGAGGAUAUAUUAGGGAAAGGACCAAGGCACAUUCAAAGAUAAGGAACAAAAGAGGGAUUGAUCAAGAUGAACACAAAACAUCUAAGAAAACUAAAAAGGAGGAUCGACACCAAAUUGACAGAGAUCGGGACCAUGAUUGUGAUUCAGCUGGUGGGGAAGUUGCUGAUGAACCUGAGGCUUUGUCUGCAAAGGCAAAAGCCAUGAAGGGUUCACGUGAAACUGGUGACAUUUGUUUACACAAGGAAAAAGUUACUUCAGGGUAUGAUUUAUUGGAAAAACCCAAGAGUACUAAUGAUGUGGAUGUACCCUUUCAUAGGGGGGAGAAAGAACGUCCUUCUGAUGUAGGCAUAUUAGAUUUGUCUUCCAAGAAGAAGGUAGUGAAGGAAUGGGAGGAGAAUCAGGUUAAUUCAAUACAUUGUGUAAGCAAUGGGUGCAAGAACGAGAACUUGAAGGACAAGAAGUCUAAUAUAUUGAAGUCCGAAGAGAUGGCAUCCAAGAUGGAUAGUAAACCUGGAAAAUUUCAGCAUGCAGAUACAGUGUUGUCUUCUUCUGGGGGGCGCCUAAAUCAUGAGCUAGUUGCCGACGACAAGUUUGUUACUGGGAAAGAAGGUUCAUCAGAACUAUGGGAAACUUUACCUCCCAGGCAGGCUAUGGACUUGGCUGAACCCACUGGGAGGGAUGUUGCCUAUCUGCAAUCUUCCACAGCUGCAACCUCAAGCUCUUCAAAGAUUUCGAGCUCCCAAAGAAACAAAAACUCUCGAGAAGCAAGGGACUCUCCAGUUGAAUCAGUUUUUUCGUCACCGCUGAGAAGUUUUAACAUUGUAAAGCUUUCCCAGGCAAGAAAAGAUGGAAUGCUGAAUGUUUGUUUCGACAACACGCAUAGCCCAGUAAAAUACCCAAACACUGAAGUCGGUGUGUUAGGUAAUGGCCAGCAAGCUGGGAGUCAAGCUGCAGGUGAACCCUUUCUUCAUAGUUUUCAAGGGAGCUCUUAUAACAGUAACAAGGAAUUAGCUCAGUCAGCUUGUGCUCAAGUAUCCGAUAUCACUCGUCUGGAUAGGUCUUUGGAUAAUAAUCUGCCAAAGGCAUCAUGCAGAAAGGACCUUACUGUAAAUGACACAGGUGUUGGUAGAGGAGAUCGUCAACUGUGUUCUGGUAAUAAAAAGGGCUUGGAUACGGAGGGCCCUUCACCGCAACCUGGUCAGCAACUUUCUGACCAUAUGUAUAAAACUUUGGAUACCAAGUCUGAUCCCACUGCUCAUGGAAAUAAGAAUAUUGAAACUCGCCAAGGUAGUGGAUCUGGUCACCAGAUGGACAUGUCAUUUGGAAAAGAAAAAUCACACUCUAAAAUUGAUAAUCAAGAUAUUCAGAAGCCUGUUGCUCAAGUUGUCAAUUUGCCUAUGGAAGAAAGUAAACAAGAGAUCUGCCCGACUUCAGUAAAAUCUGAAUCGUCAAAAAUGAAAGUAAAGUUGAUUAGGUCCAAUGUUCAAAAUGGAGUGCAACGCAGCACUGUUAAGCAAGCGAUUUUUAAUUCUUUGGGCGCGAGUCCAAUGAGAAAGGAUGGUAGUAUGGUUACAUUUGCUCUCAAGGAAGCUAGAGAUCUAAAGCAUAAGGCUAAUCAUAUGAAGAAUAAUGGACUAGAAGUUGAAAGUACAGGUCUGUACUUUGAGGCAGCUUUGAAGUUUCUGCAUGUUGCAUUUCUUCUGGAAACUCCUAAUUUUGACAGUUCGAGACCAGGUGAUGCAGCUCAGUCAAUGAAGAUGUACUCUGAAACUGCAAAACUAUGCAAUUUUUGUGCUCAUGAAUAUGAACGGUGCAAGAAAAUGGCUGCUGCUGCUUUAGCGUAUAAGUGUGAAGAAGUGGCUUACCUCAAGGUAGCAUCUUAUAAACACCCUAGUGCAAGCAAAGAUCAACAGGAAUUGCAGGCGAUUGUACAGAUAGCCCCAGAUAUUGAUAAUAUAAAUAGCCAUGGAUUGUCAAAAGCCCCAUCAACCAAGGAUGGAAGUUCACCCCAAGUGGCUGGCAACCAUUUGCCUCUACCAGUUCGUAACCAAGCACACUUGUUGAGAUUACUUGCCUAUAUAAAUGAUGUGAACAGUGCAUUCGAUGCAACUCGCAAAUCACAGGUUGCGAUUGCUUCUGCUGCUGGCAAUCAGGAAAGGGAAAAAGGUGUGGAUGAUGGUCUUGCUUCAGUAAAAACGGUUUUGGAUUUUAACUUCAACAAUGUAAAUGAAUUACUAAGACUUGUCCGACUUUCUAUAGAAUCAAUAAGCAUGUGAUGUGUUCAGAAAUCACAACUGCACAAAAUGCUACCCUGCGAAUAGCUGCUGUUGGAUGCGCGCUGUGAUCUGUGCUGCACAUUAUGCUGGUUGCAGUUACCUUUUUAUUUUUACAGAGUGAAACAGUUGGAUUUACACAGGCUCAUCUGAGUUUGUAGACACUGGCUUAAAAGUUUGACACCUUUGGAGGCGUUCUGUGCUUUCGUACAGUUUGGAUCA